CUGUGCGGCUCCAAAACAAAUUUGACAGUCAGGCCGGUUUGACGACUUGAAGGCGGAUCCGCAUAUGAGUCUCCUGCUGUGUGGGUAGUGUCAUAAGGAAAUCCGUCUUGGACUCAUUAUCAGUAUAUAAGUGAUGCUUUAAACUUUGAAAAACAACUUUUUCUCAAGAGAACGAUGGAUGCUCUGACAGUUCUUCUUUGUGUUCUUCUAACCACUACAGGCUUUCAAGGAUUCAGCAAAGCAACAACCAUUCGGACAUUGACAACAGACUCUUAUGAUACAACAUUGGAUCCAUCAGCAGAUUCCAAAUCAUGCAGGAAUUAUUGUGGAUAUAGUUAUACCACUUGUUCAUGCGACGACAACUGCCAGUACAACAGAAACUGUUGCCUUGACUACAAAAACUACUGUGUAAAAACAACUGACUGGCCAGUUUUUGUGACAACUAAAGCUGCAGAUACAACAACAUCCUCAGAUGGCUCCUCCUGCAGGGAUAGCUGUGGCUCAUUUGUUGGCACUUGUGCAUGUUACAGUGCUUGUCAAGAUCUGGGUAACUGUUGCCCUGACUUUAAAACCUACUGCUCAUUGACAACUUAUAAACCGGAUCCAACAGUUUGGGAAGAUGAGUUUUUCUCAUGUGUGUAUAACUGUGGCAUUGACUUUGGCAUCUGCUCUUGCGAAAGCUCCUGUCAGUACUAUGGCAACUGUUGCUUUGACUUUAAGUGGAAUUGCCUAGUGCCCACAACAACCAGUACAACCCCCAUGACAUCAACCUCGACAGAAUUGUCCACAACAACCAGUACAACCAUGACAACAGAACAUAUUUAUGUGGAUUACUUUUGCGCAUAUAACUGUGAUAUUGACUUUGGCCCUUGUUCAUGCAAGAGCUCUUGUCAGUACCAUGGCAACUGUUGCCCUGACUACGAGUGGUCUUGCCCAGGGUCCACAAUAACCAUGACAACAGGCUCGACAGAACUGUCCACAACCAUGACAACAGGCUCGAAAGAGUUGUCCACAACAACCAGUACAACCAUGACAACAGGCUCGACAGAACUGUCCACAACAACCAGUACAACCAUGACAACAGAACAUAUUUAUGUGGAUUACUUUUGCGCGUUUAGCUGUGAUAUUGACUUCGGCCCUUGUUCAUGCAAGAGCUCUUGUCAGUACCAUGGCAACUGUUGCCCUGACUACGAGUGGUCUUGCCCAGUGUCCACAACAACCACUACAACCAUGACAACAGGCUCGACAGAACAUAUUUAUGUGGAUUACUUUUGCGCGUUGAGCUGUGAUAUUGACUUUGGCCCUUGUUCAUGCAAGAGCUCUUGUCAGUACCAUGGCAACUGUUGCCCUGACUACAAGUUGUACUGCCCAGUGUCCACAACAACCAAGACAACAGGCUCGACAGAACUGUCCACAACAACCAGUACAACCAUGACAACAGGCUCGACAGAACUGUACACAACAGCCAGUACAACCAUGACAACAGAACAUAUUUAUGUGGAUUACUUUUGCGCGUUUAGCUGUGAUAUUGACUUCGGCCCUUGUUCAUGCAAGAGCUCUUGUCAGUACCAUGGCAACUGUUGCCCUGACUACGAGUGGUCUUGCCCAGUGUCCACAACAACCACUACAACCACUACAACCAUGACAACAGGCUCAACAGAACAGUCCACAACAACCAGUACAACCAUGAAAACAGGCUCGACAGAACAUAUUUAUGGGGACCACUUUUGCGCGAAAAGCUGUGAUAUUGACUUUGGCCCUUGUUCAUGCAAGAGCUCUUGUCAGUACCAUGGCAACUGUUGCGCUGACUAUGAGUUGUAUUGCCCAGCGCCUACAACCUCAUGGCCACCCAUAACAGAUAAUCACCCAGCAUGUGGAGCACUCCUGUAUGGUUCUGGGCUGUUUUCCAGUCCCAACUAUCCACACUAUUAUUACGACAAUGCAUACUGUGUGUGGUAUCUUUCUGCUCAGCCAGGACAGAGGCUCUUCUUGUCAUUUGCCGAUGUACAAUUGGAUCGCUGCUGUGACUGUGACUACAUCUCUGUACAUGAUGGUUCUUCUAUUGGUCAUCAACAAUUGGGAAGGAUCUGCUUCAAUGACACCACACACCAGACGUUUCACUCAUCUUCUCGAUACUUGACCGUUGUCUUCAGGAGUGACCACUCUGGUGUCAGCCAUGGCUUUAAAGCCCAGUUCACAAGCUCUCUGACCGCAGAUCAAGGUCGUGUGGACUGUUCUUCAGACAACAUGGUCAUUGUCAUUAGAACAUCGUACCUGAAUUCACUUGGGUUCAAUGGAAAUGACCUUUAUGUGGAUGACCAUCGGUGCAGACCCACCAUUAACAGUACUGAGGUUGUGUUCCGCUUCUCUCUCAACACGUGCGGCACUGGCAAAGAGAUGAUGAAUGGUUAUGUUGCUUACACCAACAACGUGCGGGCAUCUCAGUCUCAAUCGGGCGAGAUCACCCUUCAGCCACAGUUUCUGUUACAUGUGGGCUGCAGAAUGGAGCCGGACACUGUGGUGCAGAUACUCUACAAGGCUAAAGAGGACAUCAAUGCUAACAUCACAGGAGCGGGUCGCUUUAAUGCCAGCAUUGCCUUUUUCACCUCUAGCAGUUUCAACCAACAAAUGUAUGACUCUCCAUAUGAGGUGAACCUUAACCAAUACAUGUAUGUUCAGGUUUGGCUAAACAGACCUGAUACGAGCCUGGAUCUCUUCCUGGAGACCUGUGUUGCAUCUCCAGAUCCAAAUGACUUCAAAACCCGCUCCUAUGACCUGCUGCGUAAUGGAUGUCCUAGAGACAGCACAUAUUAUUCCUACAUCAACGGUCAGCAGUAUUACGCACGGUUCCGUUUCCAGGCUUUUAAGUUCCUUCGGACACAUGCCAAUGUGUACCUGCAGUGUAAGGUGAUCAUUUGCCCUGAUAAUGAUUACAACUCUCGGUGUCGUCAGGGGUGCCGUUUACGUCGCAAGAGGUCCCUUGAAUCCAACCACCACACCAAUACUGUGAUACUGGGGCCAAUCACACUCAAAGGAGAAAGGCCUGGUGUGAAGAAGUCUGAGAAGAGAAAGAAAUGAAGAGAUCAUCUUCAUUGCCUGAAAACAGUGAUAAUUAUCAAAAAUCCCUGUUAACCACUUCUGAAUCCAAAUCAAUAAAGCAUUCCUAAACAGC